AUGGGCACCCCAGUACGUGCUUCCCUGUUGCAGCAGGUGGCCGAGAUCACUGUCGACGAGUACCGGGCCGCGUGCCUGAUUGUCACCGACGAUGAAGGCAGAAUGCUCGUAGACCUUUUCAAGAUGGGUCAACGUCAUCGCACGUUGAAAGUAGACGAUGCGACAAGGCAGCUUCUUUUCAACCUUCUCCACGACCAAGCUGUGGCAGAUGACCAGGCAGCUGGACAGGACAGGCUAGUGGAAACCAUUCUAGGAACAGACAAGGAGAUCACGGAGCUGAAAAGUCAGCUGCAGACUGUCACCGCCGAGCGAGAUGAUUUGCAGAGCAGACUGGAAGGCCUGACCCGCGACCACGACGCCGUCAAAACCAAGAACGAGGGGCUCACCAACAAACUCGCCGAACUCCAGCAGAACCAAUCGCUCAGUCGAGCCCGGGAGGAGGUUCAAAAGUUGAAGAAUGAGAUGUCGGACUUUCACAAGGCCAAGGACGAGAACGAUGCAAUAGCGGCAUCAAAAUUCCUAGAAUUUGCUGAACUGAAACGCAAAGCUCGGCAGCAGGAGCUCGAUAUGGUGGUACUGGAAGAAAGUUAUGCCAGCCUGCAACAAAACUUGGAGCAAGCUCGACAGCAAAGUUCACAGAUCCAACUGAAUUUCAAUGAGAUGAGGGAAAAGGCACACGACAAUAGGACGGAUGCCGAACAGGCUUGGGCAGAGGUGACAAUAUUGGAGCAGGAACGCACAGCGAUGCAGUAA